AUGCAAAUCUUUGUGAAAGUCCCAUCAGAAAAAACCCUAACGCUCGAUGUGUUACCUUCGGACACCAUCAGCAUCGUCAAAACUAAGAUUGAAACGAAAGAAGGAGUCCCACUAGACCGGCAACGCCUAAUCUUCGCAGGCAAGCUUCUUGAAGACAACGAAACCCUAGCCGACUACAAAAUACAAAAGGAGUGCACUCUCCAUCUCAUGCUUAGGCUUCGAGGGGGUGCUAAGAAGAAGACAUACAACACAACAAAGAAGGUCAAGCACGAGAAAGAGAAGGAGAAUCUUGCUGUCUUGAAAUUUUAUAAGGUGAGUGAUGAGAGUGGCAACGUGCAUGGAGAGGCUGAGGAAGGAGUGCCCAGAGUAUAG